AUUGAUCAUUUAAGUUUCACGACCAAAGCUAACCUCUUCACAUUAGAUGAUGUUUCAAAAUGAAGCUGAAUUAAAGUGUAUCGAUAAUUAUAAAAGUUUAAAAUUUUAGUUAUUUAUUUAUAAUUGAGUGUGUUGCCCUCUACCAAAAUGCUUGCUAAACUUGGGCUGUUUUCAAGUAACUAACUGUCUACUUUUUUCUCCUUCUCUCUCUUUUCAUCUUUCUGUAAAUUCCUUUUCAUCUGCCAGUCCUGAAAUGAAUCCGAGUUCUUGUGUUAUUGUUAUGAGUUACCAGUUUCGAUAAUUUUAUUUUCCUACCAAUUCUCAGUUAAAGCAUCAACUUUAAUCAACACCACUGUGACCCUCUGGUUUUCUGUGUUUCCAUCAACAACAUGGCCGAUAAAAGAAAACUUCAAGGAAGCAUCAUCUUAACUGUGCUCGAUGGUCCAUACACAUAACGGUGGCUUGAGGUAUUAUCCGGAGUUCUUUGGCUCUCCCCAUUCAUUAAAGCACUUCAUCAAUUUAUCUGUGUUUUAAGAUAGCAAAUUUGAUCGACCUCAGGAAAUACCAAGCAAGUUCACAGAAAACAGUUAAUGAAAGGUUGAAAAGGAAGGCUGCAAAAAUUGUACUCUUAUCAACAUCUAUCUCUUCUGGUAUCUACCGGUUCACUUUUGGUCCAGGAAAAGUUGAAUUAAAGCAAAUCAACCAUCAAUAAGUGUCAAACAAAACAAUCAUUAUCAUCACCAAGACCAUUCCUUUUAGUUUUUAAUCAAACAUUCUCAAAAAUCAUUCAACAAAGGAUUAUCAUUUCUUUCCAAUUAUUGGUUGACAUUAUCAAAAAAUUGUCAUUAUUAUUUGAUAUACAUUUGUCCAUUUCCAUUUUAGUGUUGAUUUUUUCUUUUAAUCAACAAUCAUUCCUGAUAAUCAAUUUUAACUCUUCCAAAUGCAUUACUCUACAUCAUUCAACUGCAAGAAUGGUCCAUCAUUUCCUCACCGGACCCAUGAAGAGGAUAUUUAUGAAGAUUUGUGCUACGUUACACUAAGGAUUGGUAAAGAUGUUUUGGAAGAAGAUGAGACUUCUAUCAUUGAUUCGACCCCGUUGGAAAAUAGAGACUACUGUAUUCGAGAAUUGGUGGAAACCGAGAAAAAUUAUGUUGAAGCUUUGAAUAUGAUUAUACGACAUUUCGUGCGACCAUUGAAGAAAAUUUUGGACGCAAAGGAUAAAAAGAUAAUUUUCAAUCACAUUAAAGAGCUUGCUGACAUACAUUCGGGAUUCCAUCGUGAUCUGUGCAAAGCAGCCUCAACUUCAUCCAAUGGGUUUAGAAUAAGCAAUUGUUUUCUCAGUUGGAAAGAUCAGUUUGUUCUGUAUGGUGAUUAUUGUGCCAACUUGCCUCGUGCUCAGGGUUUAAUUGAUGAACUCUGUUCUAAACAUAAUGUUAUCCAUGAAGCUGUCUCUCGCCACGAAAUGGAAGCCAAUGAUGGUAAAUUUAAAUUACGAGAUUUACUGUCACUUCCCAUGCAAAGAAUACUCAAAUACCAUUUGUUUCUCAAGGAGUUGAUUAAAAAUACCCAUGAAUCUCAUGACGACUAUUAUGGUUUACAACAAGCGUACGAAGCAAUGAUUGACAUAGGAGAUUACAUUAAUGAAGUUAAACGUGAUAGUGAGACAUUGCAAAUUAUUGCUGGUAUUCAAGUUAAUAUUGUUGAUCUCGAUAUGCCUGAAAACACGGAACUUAAAGAUUAUGGGAGAUUGUUACGAGAUGGUGAGGUUAAAAUUAAAUUUAACGAUGAAAAAUGUUUAAAAAGUCGUUAUGUUUUUGUAUUUGACAAAGUUAUGUUAAUGUGUAAAUCCUUGAAAGGUGAACAAUUCAGUUACAAAGAAGCUCUCAUUUUGAGUGACUUUUCGGUCGAUGAUUGUUCACCUUCCUCCACUGGAACAAUCAAACAUUUUAAAGACAAAUGGAGUCAUCAUUGGUCCUUAGUUCACAAUCAAGCUCGUUUCACUUACACCUUUUACGUUAAAAGUGAUGAUUUGAAAAGAAAAUGGAUUGAAGCUAUUGAUAAAGGUUUGGAUAAUGUGAAUCCAGUUGCUUGUCAAACUGGAUCAACGGAUCAUGUUUUCAUAUUUUACACAUUUCCAAAGCCUCAGAAUUGCGGUCAUUGUGAUAAAUUGUUACCUGGUCUCUUCUUUCAAGGUUACAAAUGUACAAUAUGUGAGAUAUCUGUUCACAAAUCGUGUAUUCCGUUAGUUAAAUCUUGCGGUGAAUUAACUCUUCCUCCAAGACCACCUUUACCUUCCAGUAGUCCAUCUGUUAUAUCGGCUUACUCUGGUGAAGAUGAAGCUUUCCUCCAACAACAUUCACCGGUUGAUUUCAUCGCUAAAUAUGGUCAACACCAUGGACUAACAAAUGGCACUUUAUUGUGGCCUCAUGAAACCAAAGUAAAAGCCAUUACAUCUUUCGAUGGUGAACCCAAUCGAAGUGAACUUUCCUUUCAAAUCGGAGAUGUUUUACUUAUCACCAAUCCUAAACCUGAUGUCAGUAACAAUGACGGAAAAUGGCUCGAAGGGGAACUUCUUAGGACUGGUGUAGAGGGAUUAUUUCCCGCUGACAAAGUCCAGCCAAUUCUUUGUAACCACUCUAGAUCAUCUUCAUCUUUUGAUGAUUCAACAUCUACCACAACAACAACUCUUACCACAACCAACUCUAAUAUAAACAACAACAAUAAUAACAAUUUUACCAACCUUCAACACCAUCAUAGUAAUAAUAAUAGUUUUAAUAAUAGUGAUGAUGGGAACUCCAAUAACGAUAAUAUCAAUAACAACAUUAAUAAUGGAAACAGUAAUAACAAAAAUGGUAAUCUGUUAUGUCCAAACUAUGUCAAUUUAAAUUUGGAGGAACAUCUCUGGUUUGCUGGAACAAUGGACAGAAACACAGCUCAAACGGUUUUGGAAAAAAUGCCCAAUUCAACAUUUCUACUUCGGAUUAGUCCCAAUCAACGAGGAAACUAUGCUAUCAGUUUAAACUGUAAUGGUAUUGUUAAACACAUGAGAAUAUGUAAAACCUUGGAAGGACAAUAUUACCUGUCAGAGUCCAAAUUUUUUGACACAAUGGAAGAGCUGGUCAAUUGGUAUGAGGAGCGAACAUUGGCUGAAAGUUUUUCUGGACUUAAUUUGAAAUUAGGUAUUCCAUAUAAAUCAGUAUUGACGCCGGUUCCUCCAAUUGGUUAUGCAAUUGCACUAUACAGUUUCACCGGUAACUCGGCAAACUUGUUAUCGCUUCGAAGAGGUGAUUAUAUAGCUAUUCUCAGUAAAACUGGAGCUGAAAAAGGCUGGUGGAAAGGACAAAUUGGACAAAGGAUUGGCUAUUUUCCUUUUGCUUAUGUUAGUGAAAUCAAAGAUUGAGGACAAACUAUUAUAAUUGUUUAGUAGAUUAUGAGAAAAGCCAAAAGAUUUUCGGGAAACAAGAUAUUCAAGAAUUUAAAGUCAACCUGACAACACGACUAUGUUUGUUGUUAUUGUUGUUGUGAAUGAUCCUGUUGUCCAUAUUUAAUUGUGAUUUUCAAAUGAAGAUAUCAAACUCGAUGAUGAUGGCUCUUGAAAGAAACAGUCUUUUCGCUCAUUAUUCCCAUAAAAGAAUGUAGGAUGUUGAUUGUGAAUGAUAAUGAUGCUGGUGGUGGUAAAUAGACUAUUUUAUUUGUAUUAUAAAGAAAAAGUUAUAAUGAUAGAUGGAGGAGGAGGAAAAAAGUGGAAGAAGUUAAUAGAAAAUCAGGAUGAAAGAUAAACAGCUUAAGUUUAUUGUACCUUAUAGUCAUUUAAAACCACCUCCAGAUUUACCUUGCCAACGACAGUUGAUCAUUAUGCCCAUCAUAUUUUUUUAUGAAUUAUUUAUAUUUAAUUAGAGGCCAUUCAAAGUUGGCCAUUCAUAUAUUUGUUUCAUUCAAUCAUCAACAUCUCUCAUCUCUCAUCUUUAUCAAAUCUAUCUUUGAAAUUGAAAAUUUUAUUCUAUACCUCAAGUCAAUUUAAAUUUGAACGCAACAAAAUCCAAUGUUAACUGCUAUCAUAUUGCUAUUUUUAUCAAUCCAAAUGAAUGUAUCAUUAUUGCUUGAUCAUUACAUUGUCUCUCCUCAGUAAUCAAAUAAUUAUCCAAAAGUUUAUAGAAUGGUAAUCAAUUUUUCAUAUAUACGAAAAUAUCUUGAUUCCUUCGAGAAACAACCAAAUGUUGACUACGAUUGUUCAAGAUUUUAAUUGCACAAAUUUUACUUAUCAAGUUUUCCAUUUUUCUUCAUCAAUUGUUAAUAUUAUAUAAUUUGUUCUUCUGCUACAAAUAUCUUCCACUGAAUCAAUGGACAGAGAAGAUGAUUCAGCCGUUGAAAAAACGCACAAAUCGAUUCCAGAAUUAUCAAUCAAACUUGAAUUAAAAAAUUCACAUUUCAUCA